CUGUGGUGGAUUUUUGGCGCCAUCUGCUGGUAAAAUGGCGGAGCAAGCGAAUUGCCCUCUUCCUAUUUUGCCCCUUUCACACAACCUUUUUUUUUUGGCAUGUUCACUUUUAAUUUACAGAAGACUUAAUAAACAAAUUGUGAAUAACUGUUACGUGCUCCAACGGCUUUAAGCUGGUGUGCCAGGACUGUGUAUUCGCCUCACAUUCGGGUGAUAGGUCACAAAACAAGUCUGGGUACUAGUCAGGUGACAGCGACAAACCUCAGUAGGAGUAGCAGGCGGCUCGACCAAUCAUUUGUCGCAUUUGAAUUCAGGCAGCGAAUCAGAAUCAAGUGGCGGGACCAAGGGGGCGAGUUUUUUUCACGAGAGAGGAAAUCCUAAGGAAAUGUGUGGGAUCACGCUCGGUGUUUCCAAGUAGCCUGGGCAUUAUUGACAAACUAUUUUCACUGUGUGACGUUAGUUUGUGUCGCAUACCGAUCGUCCGAUACAAACACGGGUGUGGUGACCGACAAGUAAGGGGGGGAAGCGGGGAAGCGACCGUCGUUAGGUCAAAAUGUCGAUUCAGUACGAGGUGGAACAGCUGGCUGACAGCUACGGGGUUGCAGACUCGUUCCCCAAAGAUUUCGGUUAUGGUGAGGAGGAGGAGGCCGAUAUCGAGGGCAGCCCGACGCCGUCCGACAGCAAACCGAGAAUCCUUCUAAUGGGCUUGAGAAGAAGUGGCAAGUCUUCGAUACAGAAGGUGGUGUUCCACAAAAUGUCUCCCAAUGAGACCUUGUUUCUGGAGAGCACCAACAAGAUCUACAAGGACGACAUCUCCAGCAGCUCCUUUGUCAACUUCCAGAUUUGGGACUUCCCAGGUCAGGUCGAUUUCUUCGACCCUACCUUCGACUAUGAGAUGAUCUUCAGAGGAACUGGGGCUUUGAUAUUCGUCAUCGAUGCUCAGGAUGAUUACGUGGAGGCCCUGGGCAGGCUUCAUCUCACCGUGUCACGAGCAUACCGAGUCAAUCCAGAGAUCAACUUCGAGGUGUUCAUUCACAAAGUGGACGGCCUCUCAGACGACCACAAGAUCGAGACCCAGCGAGACAUCCAUCAGAGAGCCAACGACGACCUGGCAGACGCUAGCUUAGAAAAGCUGCAUCUCAGCUUUUACUUGACGAGUAUUUACGACCACUCCAUCUUUGAGGCCUUCAGCAAAGUGGUGCAGAAGCUCAUCCCUCAGCUUCCCACUCUGGAGAACCUCCUAAACAUCUUCAUUUCUAAUUCAGGGAUAGAGAAGGCCUUUCUGUUCGAUGUGGUCAGCAAGAUCUACAUCGCCACAGACAGCUCUCCUGUAGACAUGCAGUCCUAUGAACUGUGCUGUGACAUGAUCGAUGUGGUCAUUGACGUCUCCUGCAUCUACGGUCUGAGGGAGGACGGCAGCGGCAGUGCCUACGACAAGGAGUCCAUGGCCAUCAUCAAGCUCAACAACACCACUGUGCUGUACCUGAAAGAGGUCACCAAGUUCCUGGCCCUUGUCUGCAUCCUGCGAGAAGAAAGCUUCGAGCGUAAAGGAUUAAUAGACUACAACUUCCACUGUUUCCGGAAGGCCAUCCAUGAAGUAUUUGAGGUUGGGGUUUCCACCCCGCGUCCAGUGGGCUCCCAGGCGGUGGGCUCGCCCUGCACCAAGGUCGUUGCACUGAACGGCACGCCGCGCAACACUGUCUAGACUCUGAUGCAAAAUAAAACACAGAAAGAUGCAAGAAGAGGGUUGAGGAACGGAAAGAUCGAGAUGGGCCAGGGAGCCUGUAGAGGAGAGACUACUGAACUGGGGCUCACCGACUCGCAAAAUCACAAUCCCUUGCUCCCGGCACCUAAAUAACUGAGAGGCGGCUUGAGCCACGAGUGUGUGAGACUGCACUGGAGCACAGCGGGGUCAGGCUUUCUCGAGCUAAGACGGAAGGGAAAUUCUCGCAUUCGUUUCAUGCGAAUGCAAAAAUGCAAAGCACUGUACAGGCUGUGAGGAAGUCAAGAAAGUAAAACUGCACCUGGAUGGAAAGAGGUUCAGGAUCUUUCUUUGGAUUUCCUUAAGCGGUCCGAGGCUGUGAUAAUUAGCUGCUGGUCCUUCUAAAUGAACAAUGUGAGGAGGAAAAACAAACCCUUGUUGUGACCUCUUGAUAUGGACAAACUGUGAUGUCAGUUUUCAGGAAUCUGUCUAGUGAUGAACCCUACCCCGACCACUUCUGUGCUGAUUUAGAAAUAAAAAGAUGGUGGAUGUGAACUUGCUCAUCCUAUCCCACACACGUUCAGAGAUGGCCUUAUGUAGAUGAAGCUUGUCUGCAGUGCAAGCUUUCUCUCAACACCACUCACCUCACCCUACCUGAAUGCUGCCCGAAACUCGCUUUUUGGUUUCACUUGUGAAGGGAAAACAAGGUUUUGUUAGCAGACUGAAAAGGGAUUGUGCUGUCCAUUUAAAUUGGUCUUGUGCGUGUAUGCGAGUAUAUAUGUAUGUAUGUAUGUAUGUAUGUAUGUAUGAGUGAUUGAGUGUGCGUGUCAAUGGUUUUGAUUAGACCCCAGACUGGGCUGUUUGUACUGGCGAAGGAUCUUCAAAGGAAGAGUUUAUGUCCCUCUUCCCGAUAACAGCAGCUUAGCAUAAUUAAAGUCUUUUUUUCAACCAGUGAAAUUAACUUUUCUGUGUGCUCCUCUGAAAAUCAAAGUUUUGAUCGACUUCCUGAUGGGUUGUAAAAAUAAGUUUGGUUAGGAAUUUGGAAAUGGUCUCACUGCCAAAAUGAUUUAUAAAAAAAAUGAAAAAAAAGAUUCAGAAACCGAAAAAUGAUGAAAACAUGUCACGAUUAAAACCUUAUUUGUUGCCAUCUUAGAGCAUUUUUAGGUCCGGUUGAGGUGCGGGACUCACUGAGGGUUCUCACUCCAUAGAGGCCGAUGAAGACAUUUGUGGAUGAUAUGAAUAGAUUUAAAUGUGCAUGUUAUUCCAGCUAAAAGCUUCGGUCCUGCCCAAAAUGACUAAACACAAAACGUAAGUUGCCAUGUUUCGUGUUUAGUUUGGCUCUGCUCAGCAGGAUGCACAACAACAACAAAAUAGACCCAUUCCAAGCAUGCAUACGUCAGUGUGUUGUCGGCUUGUAUUGUUCUCAACCAUUAACACUGCUCAUUGUAUUCAAAGGUGAGAAAAGUGAAAAUGAAUCUAACCAAGAAAAUUAAAUGGAUAAGGAAGGAGAAAACGACCAAAUUUAAUUCCUUUUUGCCAUUAGAAUGACAGAUAAGAUGUUCAUGCUUGCAAUUUUCUGUUUGUUUAUAUCAGGGGUGAGAUGUGGGAACUGCAUCUUAAGACGAGGAGCCCGACUCACAAAGCAGCUUUUAACAUGUUACCUUGAUAACUUUGCUGCGUUUUAAGAUGUUUUAACAUUUACUCAGCAGAUUUAUUCAGGUAAUUCUGUGAAUGUUGCUUUCUUGAAUCAGACCCACGAUCUUCUCAACUCAGUCAUUAUCACCUGAAAAAAACACUUGCACAUCAGAACUGUGAUGGAUGAUUGAUUUGGUGUAUUGUGAUGCUAUACUAUGUGAAAUAAAAAUAAAUUUACAUUUUGUUUU